GCUCCAAAACGAACUUGGCGACUCUCCCCCCGACCCUCACCCCCAUCGCCCGCCGCCUCCGGCCUCCCCCGACCGAUCUCGCCGUCGCCAUGGAGGACGACGACGAGUUCGGCGACCUCUACACGGACAUCGUCCUCCCGACGUCCGAGCUCCCGAGGCCGCCGCCGCCCGCCGAAACCCCGCCGCGCGCCGCCCCGGCCCCAAACCCUAAUUCCGCGCCAGCCCCCGCGUCGGCCGCGGCAGCGGCGGGCGACGAGGAAGACGACGACGAUGACUGGCUGCUCGGAGGGGGCGACCCCCUCGCCGGGGUCGACCCCACCACCGACUGGGUCGACGAGGACGACGAUGGCGGCGCGCCCCCCGCCGUGAAGCGCGAGGUUGAUGCGAAGCCGCCGGCCCCCGCCGCGGAGGAUCCCGAUCCGCUCAUGGGGGUCGGCGCGGACGACCCCGGGGCGGCCAUCCCGGGGCUCUCGUCCUCGGCGGCGGCCGGUGGUGCUGCCGGGAGCGACGACUGGGAUAGCGACAGCGAGGACGACCUCCAGAUCGUGCUCAACGAGACGGACGGACGCCGGCGGCUCGGGGAGGACGAAGGCGACGACGAGGACGGGGAAGACCUCCUCAUCGUCGCCGAUGGACCUCACAUCCCCGGCAUGGAGGAGCAGGAGUGGGUGGAGGACGGGACAGCGGCUGGGCCCGAGGGAGAGAGAAAAGAGGGCGGUGAGCCUGGGAAGACGGGCCCCAUGCCUGGCGGGAGGAUCGGGUACAGUGGCGGCGGCCCGGGGUUCCACCCGCAGCACCAUUCCAUGUUCAAGUAUGUACGACCUGGCGCUCCAACCGGUGGGGCUCCUAGUGCUCCUGGCCAAUUCCGUCCACCUGGACCCCCGGGACCUUUUUCUGGUCGAGGAAGAGGAGACUGGCGGCCUGGUGCUGGCAGGGGCAUGAAUAAAGGUUUUCAUUCAGGCUAUGGAAUGACUCCAUGGGGUGGUUCUGGUCGUGGUUUUGGUGGCGGACUAGAUUUCACACUUCCUCCUCACAAGAUAAUUUUUGAUAUUGACAUUGACACCACAUUUGAGGAGAAGCCAUGGAAAUACCCUGGUGCUGAAAUUUCAGACUUCUUCAACUUUGGGCUUGAUGAGGAGAAAUGGAAAGACUACUGCAAGCAACUGGAUCAAUCACGAUUGGAGUCCACAAUGCAAUCUAGAAUACGGGUGUACGAGAGUGGGCGCUCAGAACAGGACUACGAUCCAGAUUUGCCACCGGAGCUAGCUGCUGCGGCUGGCCAUCAUGACGUUUCUGCUGAUAAUCGGAAUAAAGUAGAUAAUGGACAUACAGAUUUCAGUGCCCAAGGGAGAGUUCCUACAAGCAACCGACCUGCAGUGAUGACGGGCAGACCUAUACAAGUUGAAACUGGUUAUGGAGAACGUUUUCCGUCUGCUGAUACACGUACAGCUCGAAACCGUGAAUCAGAUUCUGUUGUUAUAGAGAUUGUAUGUGAGCCUCCGGCAGAUGAUCCAGUAGUUGCUGAUAGUUCAGUGGAUCAGUCUGAGAAGGAUUCUCAAGGAGGUAAAAAAAGCAACGGUGUUGAGGAGAGCGAGGUCUAUACACCAGAGAAGACGAACAAUUCUUCUUAUAAUUCCUCUCUGGGAAAGGCAGAACAUACCAGAAGGUUGCCUGUCUCAUCUGAAGGUGAUAUGCUCACAUCAGAUGUUCAGGUCCGUUCCCCGCCGAACUACAAAAUAAGGGGCUCUCCUUCUCGUGGAGUAAGGUUGAAAGGACGCUCUCAGGGUGUAAACCCUAGCCGAGAAGCUGAAAGCUCCAAUGAAGUACCUCGCAAAACAACAUCCUCAAAGAGACGCCGUGAUACCCCGAGAGAUAGCAAACCUGUUGAUGACUCAGAAACUAAGGAUGGCUUAAAACGGUCACCUACUGUUGCUGAUGAAACGACAGACAAGCUGAGCACAGAAGAUCAAUUUGCUGAUAAUGAUGAUAGGCUUGCUUUGGUUGAUAGUGCUGAAGUGGAUGCUGAUGAUGCUAUCUCAGAACCUCACAUGGCUAGCGAUACGAAUGAGGAUGAUAACGAGGAUCAUUCUAGUAAAAGGCAGAAGAUCAUUUCUAAGGUUGAGCAGCCCCCUGGACUCAUUAAUAGUAGUGAUCAAGUCGAUUUGAAGACACUGAAUAGUGAAAACAGUAGAGGAGUGAGGUCUGGUAGCAGCAAAGAUCAUCAGAAACGCCUUGAAUCUGGUGAAGAAGUUCUGCAAGAUAGGCGGUCCAGGCGUGUAAAUGAUGUGAGAAGGCAUCAUGAUGGAGAAGAACGCGAUCCCCGUCGAAAGGACGUGUCUGCUCGAGACGUCAAACCUGAAAUAGAAAGGACACAUUUGGCUUCUAGAGGUAGGGAUGAUAUCCACCAUCCUUACGGGAACAGAGAUCGGGACAUACGCGGUAAAAGUUUUGAUAGGGUAAGAGAGACUGAAAUUUUGCAGAGGAGAGAAGACAGCAUGCACAACAGAAGAGGCAAGGAGGAAGAUUUGAGACUCAACUACAAUGCUGAAGUUGGUGCAAGACAUAGAAAUAAGUUGAGACCUAUUGAUAGGAAUGACAGGGAUGAAGAUCCUCAUCCAAGGAAAUUGCUGGAUGAUGGUGACUGGAGGGGCUCUAGACAAAGAGAGCGUGGUGAUAUGGUUUUGAAUAGUCGUGAAAGUUUAGAUGAUUCUCAUAUCAAGAGAAAGAAAGAUGAAGAGAACACCAGGAGAAUGAAACCUGAGAAUGAAGAUGCAGUCCACGGUUAUAGAGGAAGGGAUGAUCCAAACAGAAGGAAGAGAGAACGGGAUGAUGGAAUUGAUCAGAAAAGAAGAGACGAUGGUGUUAGGAUGCGGGAGAAGGCUGAUGAUCGUAGUAUUGUGAAGAAUAAAGAGGACAACUUGCGACAGAGAGAAAAGGACGACAGGCAGAGGCCUAAGCAUGAAAGCACACUGCUCCUUCAGAGAGAAGAAGGCAGAGGAACUGGUCGGGGUGGACGGGUUAUGGAUGACAAAAUUGUCGGUGGUGGUAGGAAGAAGGAUGAAUCAAGAUCUGCAUUGUUGAGCAAAGAAACCCUAGAGCGCAACAAACAAAAUGAGCCUGGGAGGAGAGGUCAAGGUGCAGAAGAAAACAGCACACAGAAUAAAGGGCGAGCUGAUGUGCGUCCACGUGAUGACAAUCCAAAUAACAAUGAAAGGAACUCCAGACAAGAUAAAAUAAACAAGAUUCAUGACAAUAAUCGUGUAUCUAGCAGUUCUGAUGCUCGCCAGGCUAGUAGGGAUAAGCCGAGGGAGAGCACAAGAAAGGGCAGAGGCUCUGUGCCAAAUGAGCAAGAUCUUCACAGAUCUAGCAAGAGAAGACGGGAAGACCAUGAAAGCCAUCGUAGUGGGAAGGUUGAGGCGAAAGGAGGGAGGGAGCAACAAAAUGGUAGGGAUCAUGCUACAUCAUCCAAAACGAGCAAGAAUCCUCAACAACAUGAUUCAUUUGUGAAACAAGGGGAAGAAGAAGCCAUGUCAGAUGAUGAGAACACCGAUGAUUCAAGAAGGGGUCGGUCUAAGCUGGAGCGAUGGACAAGCCACAAAGAGAUUGACUAUAGUACUAUUGAUAAUGAGACCACACAUGCAUUUCCUUCCAUCAAAGCUGAUGUUCAACUCCCCACUGCUGAUGCGUCAGGUAAAUCUGAUGUUCCUGCUAUAGUUGUCAGUUCGGACAUGAAGAACAGUGGUGAUAAUGGGCAAGCCUCUGAGAUGACGGCUGAAGAGCGUGACCGACAUCUAGACACGGUUGAGAGGCUCAAGAGAAGAAGCGAACGAUUCAAACUUCCCAUGCCUGGCGAGAAGGAGGUACCCCAGAACAAAAAGGUUGAUGCUGAAGUGCAGACUCCCCAGAAUGAAUUGCCUGCUGCUGAUGUUGAAGUGAAGCCUGAGCGGCCAGCUCGCAAGAGGAGAUGGGCUGGGAGUUGAUUGGAAGUCAGAAACAUAUAUCCUCAUCUGAAGAAGUGGCGGCACAGCUCAUGGAAGCUGGAAACAUAUCGUCAUCUGAAGAAGUCGCGGCACAGCUGAGCUCGCGCAAUGCUUUUCUCUGUUACAACUGAAAGUUGAACUGAUGUAUGAUUUGUACUGUAUAACUUAGAUCUGUAACUGUAACCAUACAUACAUGUUCAUUUGUGGCCGGGGACCUGGAUACUUCAUUUGUCUUUUCCGAUUCCUCCCCUCAUUUGCGGGGAUCGGAAAUGUGUGGCACUGGUGCCACCAGACUCCGGGUAGCUAUGUGUUCUUUGUGGGAAACCUUGGAGGUUUCCAGCUUCAUCUGCCACCCAAAGGAGCCAGAAGGCACUUUUGAAGCUGGCGUGGGGAUGCUGCAAGGCGCCUUCUUAUGAGCCACCAUUGGACACUGGAUUUUGCAUCACUCUUCUACUGGUGUUACUUGAAAGCUUUUGUUUGUGGACCAAGAAGAGCUGGGGAUCUCAGGAGUGCUCCGAGUUAUGACAUCUGCUGUGUAUGUUUGAUAUUAUUAUGUGUAUGUACAUUAUGAUAAUCUCUUGGACUGGUGUGCAUAGGAUGCAACAAGAUAGAUUCUAUAGUAGAAGUGCAUGUUGCGGUGAAUGUCGUGGACAAUGCAUGCGAUAAUAUUCUAUACCUGUAGACAGUGGUAGGUAAAAAAAGGUUAUAUGCUUGUUUAGCUUCUUUUUUUAGCGAUGUACAUGUAACUAUGUCGUCAGGAGUUUUGCCUAUGAAAAAACUGACUUUAAGAUGCCA